CAAUCAAAACAAAGGCUAUAAAUAGUUCCCGCCAUUUUAAGUGAUUUGGCGCGAAGAAGCCGUCUCCCGCGGAAUUUUAGAGCACCUUUGUCAUCGGAGCCAUCUCGAGAUACUGCAAGACGUUAAAUUAAGAUUUUCGACUUAAAGCAGUUUGCGAAACUCCGAUUAUCUUAUAAAGGUUUUUAUUUGUUAGUGAUAUCAACAGAACAAGAUGUUUGAGGCAAGAUUAGUACAAGGUUCUUUGCUGAAGAAGGUUUUGGAGGCAGUCAAAGAUUUGUUGACUGAUGGCUCCUUUGAAUGCAGCGAUAAUGGCAUUAGCCUACAAGCUAUGGACAGUUCUCACGUUAGUCUUGUGUCUUUACUCCUCAGGAGUGAAGGGUUCGACACUUUCAGAUGUGACAGGAAUAUGUCACUGGGAAUCAACCUAGCAAGCAUGGCCAAGAUUCUCAAGUGUGCAGGCAAUGACGAUGUAGUCACCAUCAAAGCUGUUGACAAUCCAGACACAGUCACAUACAUGUUUGAAUCCCCAAACCAAGACAAAGUGUCUGACUAUGAAAUGAAACUGGUAGACUUGGAUGGAGACCACCUGGGAAUUCCAGAAACAGACUACAGUUGUGUGAUCAAGCUCCCCUCGGCAGAAUUCCAGCGUAUAUGCCGCGACCUCAGCCAAAUCAGCGAGUCUGUAGUGAUCUGCUGCACCAAGGAAGGAGUGAGAUUCUCAGCGUCAGGAGAUAUGGGCACAGGUAACAUAAAAUUGGUGCAGAAUUCCAAUGUUGACAAGGAAGAGGAAGCUGUGACAAUUGAGAUGCAGGAGCCAGUUACCUUGACCUUUGCUCUUCGUUACCUGAACUUUUUCACAAAGGCCACGCCUCUUUCCAAUCAAGUGACCCUGUCAAUGUCUCCAGAGAUUCCAUUAGUGGUGGAAUACAAGAUUGCUGAUAUGGGCCAUGUCCGCUAUUACUUGGCACCAAAGAUUGAAGAUCAAGAAGAAAGUUAAAGCCUUCCAGAAAGAAAGGAAGACUUGAUGACUCACCAGUGUAAUAAUUUUAUUACAGUCUGUAACAGUCUGUCUGACUGAAAGGAUUUAUAUUGUGAAUGCAGUAUAUUAUAUAACAUAAUACCCUUGAAUGAGGACGUCAUUUUAUGUGUAAUUUCUGGUGUCAUCCGAUGUUGUCUUAGAUGUAAAUUUUUGUACAGUGUAGAAUUUAAUCAUUUCAUAACCGAAGCAACAAUUUUUCCAAGAAGCUGGACUUGUUUGGAUGAUCUUACUGGGCAGUUUGUGGGAUACAUUAUGGACAGUGAAUACUUGGAAUUGAGUUGCAAAUAUACAUUUAUAUAUACUCAUAUUUAAA